AUGUUCGAGCUGGGCCAAGAAGCUUCCCGUCAUACACAAUCAGGCUACCGUCUACGCUCACACCGUGCUCGCUCCAUCGUAUUGACGCCUGGAGAGCUCGUUGAGAUACGGGCUGCUCAGCGAACGUUUGAAGGCGCAUACGUCCGUACCAGUCUCAGUCAAUUCAGCUUUGCGCUGGUAGUGCUGAAGAUCUUUACGAGCGAAUUCUAUAGUAUAGGAGCGCUUUUCGCAGUCUAUGGCGCGGGAGUGCUCGCAGUCAGUGCGUUCCGCCGUGCACAAGGCAAUCGCCAAUUCUUCAGUGAAGUUGGUGGAGAUGGCUUGCACAGGAAGCGAUUCCGCACGAGUGGAAACGUUGUCGUCGUACUCACCAGUCUGAGCAUUGCCGCCUACGUGACGCUUCUCGUCUUGACAUUGAGGCUCUAG